AAAGCAGCCCAAACUUCACAUGAACAAGUGUAUAACAAUUAUGUAUGCAUCAAUACUCUAGCAGGUCAUAUGAUGAAUUAAAAUGGAAAGUAAGAAAAACAGCUCUAUUAUGUAAUUACGAACUCAAUGGAACGUGACGUAAUAAACACUGGUCCAUUGUCGUCAGCGAUGGGUCAAAGGUCAAGGCAAGUAAUUAAAAUGUAUCUAUUUGUACAUGCUACAUUUAUUGUUAUCAUUUCAGGCUUGGUUACAAUAUGAUGACAGAAACCGGCCACAUGAUAAUGCAAUAGUGAGUUUGCAUUACUUCUUUGGGUAAUUUCUCUUUCUACGUCGAUUUUACGUACCAGUUUUAUGAUCAUUUCUGUCAAUGAAAGACGAAACAUGCUUUGAACCUAUAUUGGGGGCGAGAUAGGGUUUACGGUGAUUCCUAAAUCUCUAUAUUCAGCAGAGCUAUGACUUCUUUCAAAUAUAAUUACGUCAUGUUCUGAGUGGGCGUAUGGACAUCAAUAUAAUCGUAACGUAAAGGGGUUCCACAAUUUUCACAUGAGGGAUAAUAAAAUGAAGAUGCCAAACCUCCUUGCGAGCCUCCGUAUUUUGGCGCCUAAUGAAUGUAGCUGGGAGGGCAGUCGGCGGGGCUAAACGUCCUUAUUCACACCCCGGCGGGCCUGUGUGUGCAGUCAGUCGGGCAGGUCCAGCACCAGCCAUCCACACCGCGGAAAACUCCUCGCACAAACUUUCCCCGGGCUCCCCAGGAUCGCUCCGGACUCCCAGCCCGCAUUUUCCGGGAUCUCACCCCGAGGACGGCUACGACAAGGAUUCCUGGACGCUACGGACGGCCUCCGUGAAAGAACCUCCGCUGCCCACCGACGGUUGAACCUCAGCCCCGCACGCUGAUUACACCCGGAGUCCACCGCAGCACCGACCGGCUAACCCCGGCCCUGCACGCUGUUUACACCCGGAGCCCACCGCAGCACCGACCGGCUCACCUCGGCCCCGCACGCUGUUUACACCCGGAGCCCACCGCAGAACCACCCUGGAGAGCACGGUGGACGUCAAGCCGACUAUGCCCCAUAAAGCCUGGACCUUGCAGCGCCCUGCGGACGAGCAUGCGCAGUACAGCCCGGUACAAGCAGACCCAGUCGAAUGGGUGCGUGUCCAAGAUUCUGGGAAGGUACUACGAGACCGGGUCGAUCCGGCCCCGCGCCAUCGGCGGCUCCAAGCCGCGGGUCGCCACGCCCGAGGUGGUCGCCAAGAUCGCGCAGUUCAAGAGGGAGUGUCCGUCCAUCUUCGCCUGGGAGAUCCGGGACAGACUCCUGUCGGAGGGCAUCUGCACCAAUGAGAACAUCCCCAGCGUUUCUUCCAUUAACCGCGUGCUGCGGAACCUGGCGAGCGGAGAGAAGAACACGCUGCAGAGCCUGCAGAGCGCCGACCCGCAGAUGCUGGAGAAACUCCGCCUCCUCAACGGCAACGCCUGGCCACAUCCGGGACCUUGGCCUUACCCGCCAUCCACCGCGGGAGCGCCGCCACCGCAGACGAACGGAAACGUCACCACCAAGAAGGAAGGUGACGGGAAACUUGCAUCCCAGAUUUUGACCCUGCACGGAUAUCAAGACCAAGGCGACGGCAGCAACGACGAUUCGGAUGAGGCUCAGGCCCGCUUGCGGCUAAAGAGAAAACUGCAGCGGAACAGGACGUCAUUCACACAGGAACAGAUAGAAGCACUGGAGAAAGAGUUUGAGAGGACCCACUACCCCGACGUGUUCGCGCGAGAACGGCUGGCGGCGAAGAUUGAUCUGCCCGAGGCCAGGAUACAGGUCUGGUUUUCCAACAGACGAGCAAAAUGGCGGCGAGAGGAGAAGCUGAGAAACCAGCGUCGUUCCCAGGACAGCGACAGCUCGUCCCCAAGCCGGAUACCCAUCAGCUCCAGCUUCAGCACGGCCACCAUGUACCAGCCCAUCGCGCCCCCUAGCGCCCCCGUCAUGUCCCGCAGCAGCCACGCCGGCCUGACUGACAGCUACUCCUCCCUGCCACCGGUCCCAAGCUUUUCCGUACCCGGCAAUAUGGCGCCCAUGCCCAGCAUGCAACAGUCACGUGACCAGACGUCAUACUCCUGUAUGAUCCCGCACUCCACCGCCAUGACACCUCGGGGCUAUGACUCUCUGGCCCUGGGCAGCUACAACCCGACCCACGCGGGGCAUCACGUGACCACCACGCACCCCUCCCACAUGCAGGCGCCGAGCAUGCCGGGACAUAGUCACAUGUCCCACGCUAACGGGGGCUCAGCAGGCCUGAUAUCGCCUGGCGUGUCCGUGCCCGUCCAAGUGCCCGGAGCGGUCACGGAGGAAAUGACGUCACAACCCUACUGGCCGCGGAUCCAAUGAGGCUACAGUAGCUAUCCCGGCAGGCACUGCGUGCAACCAUCCGCCAUUUGAAAACCCGAGGUCCAAACGGCAGCAUGUAUUUAUUAUUGAACGGGGAGAGAUUUUGACAGUGUAACUUUUUGUAUGUAAGACAUCUCUAUUGAUAAUCUUUGAGUGGAUUUUGUGGUAUAGUUAGAGUAUUAUCUGCUUUUAUGAGAUAUUGGGGUAAAGCUUAGGCUUUCGAGAAAUCAGCUUUGUAGCAUACCAAUGUUUAUCAUUUCAUCUAUUGCUAGGCUAGAAUAUUGUGAUUUUCAGAGAAAGGAAAAGAAUAAUUCAGCGGAAAAUUUGUUAUAAUGAACAUGGUGUAUUUUCAAACCAAGGUAUUUGUAAUGAUUAUAGAUAGAAGUCUAUGUAGCUCUUAAUGACUUUCAUAAACCUAUCGCAUUCGGUUUAUUAUGUUGAUAGUAUUAUAUAGAUAUGAGUUAGCUUAUCCCUCGCUCUGCUGAUGAACUUACUAGUGCAGACUUUUUUUAUUUAGAUCGUCGGUUGUCAGGGUAACCACACAUCCAUUGAACAACACCGAAACAUUAAUUUUUUUGUUAUCCAUAUCCGAUAUUUUGUACGUUUUAUGUCAUUACUUGUCUUGUAUAAAUUUGCGUAUGUUAGAAUUUGUCAGAAGUUUGCCCGCGAUAUUUGGUAGGCCUGGAUGGAUAGAUAGUUCAGUUAUGCUUAAUGAGGAAGUCAGCGUGGAAAUCGGUAUUUUUCUUGCUACAAGAGUUGCUUUUUGUUAAUUUUAUAGUUUGGUCUUGUCUAAAUCGCAUUCAGUUUCAGUUUUUCAAAUCACCAGUAUUUCUCAUGCGGAAUAUUCCCAAUUACUAACACUGCUCAUCUUUAUCAAAUCUUUGGAAACACGGCGUUACUUGCUGUAGAAUUCGGUUACCGUAGCAUGUAAAAACAAUGCAGCGUCCUAGAAAAAAUAUGUUUCAGAACACAGGCAUAUGGUGGAAAUUAUUCUUUUCAAUGUCACGAAUAACAUUUUUAUGUUUGUAAAGGCAUCGUUUACUGCGCGCAUGCCAGAUUUUAUAUAACUCCAACAAACAUAUCAACUCUCAUUUGAACCAUAAUCAAUAUUCUUGCAAGAUAGUCAUACUUAACUCUCUACCCGACAGCAAGAACGUGGCCAUGUCUUAUGUGACGGUCAGGCCCCCAUUCCAAUGGACGGAGAUCGCGCUGCGAACUAGAUAGGAUUUGUCGAAACCUUGAUUUCAUGAUUGGAUUAUCAUACACCAAUAUCAUACAAAAUG